AUGAUUGUUUGUGAAUAUAUAUUGUUGCAGUUUCUCUUACAAAUCCUCGAAAAUUUGAAGAACGAGGAAGAAUUACACUCUCAAGCAUCGAGUAUCAGCAACAGUCCUACGAACUACCAACCAAAGAUAGUUGAGUAUCUUAAACAUGAAAUACAAAGAAGCCGAUAUCAAAUAAAAGACCUCGAGAAACAACUUAGGGUCUUUGAAGGGAAUCCAACUGAAAUCGCGUCACUACUCGAGGCCGAGUAUCAUGAACAAGUCUUAGAAGAGUCCUUGGAACGUAUCCGCAUGCAGAAGGAAGUUUUGCAAAAUAAGCUUUCAUCUGGAUAUAUGGAGCCAAGAAUUGAUCAGAGAUAGUCCUCAUCAACAACUAGUACGUACACCACUACAAUUAGUAGAUACAGAAACA